AUGAAAACCUUCACUUCUCUUCUAGGACUCUCGUUCCUUACAUGCCAAGUCUCAGCUCAUUACAUCUUCCAAUCCUUCACCUACAAAAACAUCCAAUAUCCUCCUUAUGGCUACAUCCGUAUGAACAAUAAUUACAAUAGUCCCAUCAUAGAUCUCGCUAGCAACGAUCUCCGAUGUAAUUCCGGUGGUGAAACGAGCAAUGGAACGCAAACUAUAACAGUAAAGGCUGGUGAUUCCUUCUCAUUCACGGCAGAUGUACCAGUUUAUCACCAGGGACCUUUGUCUAUAUAUAUGGCCAAAGCACCAACGACCGCAGCAGCCUUCGAUGGAUCCGGACAGGUCUGGUUUAAGAUUUUGGAUAUUGGUCCUACAUUCACAAAUCAAGUUGCGACAUGGAAUCUUUACCAAACAUAUACCUAUACUAUUCCACCUAAUCUACCUAACGGUGAUUACCUUAUUCGUAUUCAACAAUUGGGUAUUCAUAAUCCUUAUCCAGGGGGUAUUCCUCAGUUUUAUAUAGAAUGUGCACAAGUCACUGUUACGAAUGGGGGUUCGGGGACCCCGGGUCCUUUGGUCUCUAUUCCUGGAGCCUUCUCCGACACCGAUCCCGGCUACACCGUAAACAUCUACUCCAACUUCUACAACUAUACCGUUCCUGGUCCCGCCGUGUGGGCUUCCCAAGGAGGUUCCUCCAUCUACACUGGUAUCUCCAGUGGAAACAACGCCGCGACAACAUUAACUAGUAUGCCUGCUGCCACAGGUGUUGUUACUACUACUGCUCCUGCGAGUGCACCUGCGACGGCGACGCAUACUACUUUGACUACUGUUGCGACUUCGACGAAAACUAGUGCGAGUACGAGUUCGAGUGCAGCGGCGACGCCGACGGGCGUUGUGGUGCAGAAGUAUGGACAGUGCGGAGGUCAAGGAUGGACUGGUGGAACUGUUUUCAGUGUUUGUGAGUUUGGACUGAGAAGAGAGAGUGAAGAGGGGGGAAAGGUGGAUGGAUUGAUGGGGAUGGAGGAAGAUAAAUAUGGGGAUUGA